CUAACCGGCCCUUCUCCAUAUUAAUCACAAGAGAGUUGUUUUGAGUUAAAGAGAAAAAUAGAGUAUUCUCAGUCUCUUAUCUUCUCUCAAACACCUUCUUCACUUUUUCAUCAAGAGCUAGCUAUAUAGCAACAUAAUGGGGUUACUUUCAAACAUGAUUAAACAAAGUCAGCUCAAAGAAGGGGAUCACAUUUACUGCUACAGGAGAGCUCACACCUACUCUCAUCAUGGAAUAUACAUGGGAGAUGACCGAGUUAUCCAUUUCACAAGAACAAAAACAAAGAAAGUGAGCCUAAUACGCACCGUUUUCGGAAGACAACCCUGUGAAAAAUGUGGGUAUAACCCAAAUGAGGAGAAUGGAGUAGUGCAGACCUGUUUGACGUGUUUCCUUAAACACCACAGGCUAUUUCGAUUUGAAUACAAUGCUGGUUUCAGCGAACGUAUCCUCAAAAAGUCUGGGACUUGCAGUGCUGUUUCUUCAGACAUGGCUAAGAAGGUGACUGAACGAGCCAAGGAUAUGCUUAACAGUGAUAAUCAGUUUGGAGAGUAUCAUUUGAUUGAUAAUAACUGCGAAUGCUUUGCUUUCUACUGCACCACUGGGCUUCGUAGGACCAUGCAAGGAAAUGCAUUCAAAGAUGCAAUUGAGUCUGUUUAUAAAACUCUUAUGAGUGGAGAACACCAUUCUCUCAAAGACAUUUCUGAAUCUCUUUUAAGAGGUUUCAUUGAGAAAAAGAUCCGCAGGGUCAUAGAUGAGCGUGAUCGCCCUAGAUCUGAGAUAACUAAUAAUGAUGAUGAUCAUGAUGAUGAUGAUGGGUCAGACCAAGAUCGAUCGGAUUAGAUCUACACCACUACGUACUGUUUAUUUAUUUAUUUAUUUAUUUAUUUAUUUUUUCUAGUUUUAUAUUUCGGUCAAUUCUUUGGAGUAUAUUAUUCUCUACACUGUAUGAAUGUUAGGGUGUUUUUUUAAGUACUCUCAUAAUCUUUGUUAAUUAAAAAAUCUUAAUAUAAAAAGUGUAUUUAAUAAA